GUUGACGUCAUCGUCCUCCCAGUGACUGCUGUUAUCAAGAUGGCGUUACGGCCAGGUUCUGGAGGAGGUAGCAGUUUUAUGUAUUCGGUUGGAGGGGGCUUGGGACCACCACAAGGUAUGGUACCCAUGCAGCAGCAACAGCAACAGCAGGGCUUCCCGAUGGUUCAAGUCAUGCAGCCUAACAUGCAAGGGAUGAUGGGAAUGAACUUUGGUGGCCAAAUGCCACCUGGAGCUAUGCCUAUGCAGGGUGGGAUGGCUAUCGGCAUGCAGACCCCUGGGAUGCAGUUUUUAGGACGGCCACAGUUUAUGGGUAUGAGGCCUGCUGGACCUCAAUACACUGCAGACAUGCAGAAACAAAUGGCUGAAGAGCACCAAAAGCGUCUGGAGCAACAGCAGAAGAUGCUGGAGGAGGACAGGAAAAGGAGGCAAUUUGAGGAACAGAAACAGAAGCUGAGGCUGCUCAGCAGUGUCAAACCUAAGACAGGAGAGAGGAGUCGUGAUGACGCGUUGGAAGCAAUCAAAGGCAACCUGGAUGGUUUCAGCAGAGACGCAAAAAUGCAUCCAACUCCAUCAUCACAGACCAAGAAACCAGACUCAUCGCCAUCACACUUGCGUGUCACCACUCACUCCCUCCCCCCGACAUUGUCAGAGGACACUGAUGAGUUUAGUGACUUUCAGGGGCCUGUAGAUGCCUCUGCCUCCUUCCCCUCCUCCUCCUCCACAUCCUCCACUUUCUGCCUCUCGUCUCAGGUCCAGGCUCCAACCUCAUCUCCGAAAGCAGGUUCCUCUGAGGACAAUGAUGAAUUUAGUGACUUUGUUCAGGGACCUGUAAAUACCCCUUCAUCCUUCCCUUCCUCUGAUUACCACCUCUCCUCUCAGCACCAUGUCCAACCUUCACCUCCAUCCCUUAAAGUGGGUCACUUCUCCUCUUCUUCCACCCUUCCUCAGUCUAUCCCUGCCUCUGUGUCCAUUCCCACUACCACCCAACACUCUGCUGUCAACACAAGCUCCCAAUCUACAUGUCAAGGCCCAUCCUUGGAAGAGAAGCUAUUCUCCUCAUGUGAUCUUACUGCUGAUAAGACGGCCCACGUUAGCUUUAAAUCCAAGCCGUGUUUGGCCAAAAUGGCUCCGAGAGCUAAAGUUUCCGCCCAAUUUCACACCAGCACCAAAGCACGGAACUGGGCUGAGUCCCCUGCAGACUUGAGUUCUGUCUUCAUUGCAGAAGUGCUACCUGUGGCCCCAGUAUCAGCGUCCGGCGCUCCCCCAUCAGCUGCUGACUCAUCCUCACAAACCUGUAGUCACAGUGCAGGUGUUGGCGUGUAUCCACAACAAGAGCACAUCCAGCCCAUGCUGCCAAGCUGGGUUUACAAUGAGGCACUCAUCCCAGAAAUGUUCAAGAAGGUACUUGAAUUCACCAUGACUCCAGCGGGCAUAGACACAGCCAAACUCUACCCAAUCCUAAUGUCAUCAGGUCUUCCCAGGGAAGCACUGGGCCAAAUCUGGGCUUCAGCCAAUCGCACAACACCUGGAAUGCUGACUAAGGAGGAGCUGUACACUGUGCUGGCAUUAAUUGGUGUGGCACAGAGUGGCCUUCCAGCAAUGAAUGUUGAAAUUUUGAGUCAGUUCCCAUCCCCACCAGUGCCCACCCUGCCUGCCAUGGCCAUGGCCAUGGCCCCUGUCAUGCCCCAGCACCAGCAGCCUAUGAUGGCCCAGGCCCCCGUCUCCAUCUCCAUGCCCACAACAGCACCACCAGUCAUGUCCAUGACUGCUGCGGCGCCCACAGCUCAGACAUCCACAAACGCUAAUUUCAUUCCCAGUUUCCCUCCUACACAGGGAACCAAAGCUGAUGAUGAUGACUUCCAAGACUUCCAGGAGGCUCCCAAGGCAGGAACAGGAGACCAGUCCUUCACUGAGUUCAAGGGGGAGUUGGGGAGUGCCUUCCCCAUGACCAUAGCACCUCCACACCAAAACAGUGCGACUUCCAUGCUGACACCAGUGACUGGUUCCUCCACCUCUAGCACAUCGUCUGAUAAGUAUGCAGUCUUCAAGCAGCUGUCGGCAGAUCAGCCUUCAGAGUCCACCCUUCCUGCCUCAGAUGCUGCAGACAAAUACAGUGUGUUCAGGCAACUUGAGCAACCUGCUGAUAAGAAACCUGUCGGGGAAGGAUUCACAGAUUUCAAGUCGAUCAGCACUGAUGAUGGCUUCACAGACUUUAAAACCGCCGACAGCGUCUCUCCACUAGACCCUCCAGAACAGUCCAAGAUCUUUCAGCCUGCCUUCCCGUCAGCUUUCUCUAACUCUCAUUCUCUGCAACAAGUCCCGCAACAGUCACAACAGCCAACAGUCUCAGUUUCUCAACAUAAAAACCCCCUCAACAUGGCCGACCUGGACCUUUUCUCUUCUGUGGCUCCCUCAGCUCCUGCACUUACUGAAUCAAAACCCAGCUCAUUCCCCUCUGCAUCUGUACCCCCGUCUUUAGUGCUGCUGCCAGGUGGAGCCAAGCCUCCAGGGGGCGGGGCUGAUGACUUUGGUGACUUUGCUCUGUUCGGCUCCUCUUCCGAUGCUGCUCAAGGAUCAGCGGCAGGAGGGGCUGUGACAGCGCCACAGGAUGACUUUGCAGACUUCAUGGCUUUUGGCAAUUCAGGUGGGGAGUCUAAAGACGAGGGUAGUGUCGGGGUUCACGGGGAGACCUCCACGCAGCAGCGGCCUCACCAGCGCAGCUCAGACAAGUUUGAAGUAUUCAAACAGCUGACUCUGGAUGGGGUUCUGGCCUAUGAUGACACGAAGGAGAGUGGCGGUGGCUCCUUCUCUUCUCUCAAGAGUGACACAGAUGAUUUUAGUGAUUUUCAGUCCUCAAAGUUCUGCACAGCACUUGGGGCUUCAGAAAAGACUUUAGUGGACAAGGUAGCAGCUUUCAAACAAGGCAAGGAGGACUCUGCUUCAGUCAAGUCGUUAGACCUCCCAUCCAUUGGGGGCAGCAGCGUAGGAAAAGACGAUUCUGAAGAUGCGCUCUCAGUGCAGCUGGACAUGAAGUUGUCGGAUAUGGGCGGAGACCUGAAGCACGUGAUGUCGGACAGCUCUCUGGAUCUGCCUAGUCUCUCAGCCCACCAGCCCCCCGCUACAGAAGGAGACGACAUGAAAUUUGACCCUUUUGGGACAUCCGGUCUCAGCAGUCUGGCCAGCUAUGACUGGUCAGACAGGGAUGAAUGUGUGCCUGGUGAGGUCAGGAAGCCUCAGAGUUUGGAAUCAGUCCCCUUUCCCUCAUUUGUCCCGGCCCACAAGAAGGAGUUGUCCAUUGGCAGCAUCGAAAACAUCCCAGGUACCUCCAUAACAACAGGAGCUUCACGUUUUGUCAACGAGGACAGUGCAACAGUAGAUGACAAGUUUGAAGCCUUUGCUGACUUUGUUUGCGGUGAACAAGAUGAUGGAGAUGAGAAGGAUGACUUUGGAGACUUUGCAAGCACGGUCUCUGAGAAGUCAGACUCACCCACCGCCACAACUGAUACGUGCAACGAGGGCAACCAAAGCGAGUCCACUGAUGAGUUUGGAUCCUUCCAGGGGGACAAGCCAAAGUUUGGCAAAUCUGACUUCCUCAAAGCCAGUGCUCAGCCCAAAGUCAAGUCCAGUGAAGAGAUGAUUAAGAACGAGCUUGCGACCUUUGACUUGUCUGUUCAAGGCUCUCACAAACGCAGUCACAGUUUGGGUGAGAAGGAGAUUGGGCAUUCGCCUCCAUCUCCAGCUUCAGAGCAGCCGUUCAGAGACCGAUCCAAUACUUUGAGUGAGAAGCCCGCCUUGCCGGUGAUCAGGGACAAGUAUAAGGAUCUGACUGGGGAGGUGGAGGAGAGUGAGCGCUACGCGUACGAGUGGCAGAGAUGUCUGGAAAGUGCUCUAGAGGUAAUUUCCAAAGCUAACAACACCCUGAACAGCAUCAGCAGCUCGUCUGUGUGCACUGAAGUCAUCCAGUCGGCUCAGGGCAUGGAGUACCUCCUGGGGGUGGUGGAAGUAUAUCGUGUUACCAGGCGUGUGGAGCUGGGCAUCAAAGCUGCAGCCGUGUGCUCUGAGAAACUGCAGGAGCUUCUUAAAGACAUUAGCCGCGUGUGGAACAACCUCAUCAGCUUCAUGUCAUUAGCUAAACUCGCGCCUGAUGAGAGCUCCCUGGAUUUCUCCUCUUGUAUUCUGAGGCAUGGCAUCAAGAAUGCCAAGGAGUUGGCCUGUGGCGUGUGUCUGCUCAAUGUCGACGCUCGCAGCAAGAACAAAGAACGCACUCUCGGACGUCUGUUUAAACGAGCAUUGGCUAAAGACAGUGACAGGAGGUUAAGGGCGUUCAAUUCUGAGACAGACAACUUCAAGCUGCUGUAUGGCGGACACCAGUACCACGCCAGCUGUGCCAAUUUCUGGAUUAACUGUGUGGAGCCCAAACCUCCAGGCCUCAUCCUGCCUGACCUGCUCUGAGCGAGAGCUGAGGCUGCCAUGGCAACGAGCACGAGGCAAACGACAUCAGAUAAGUCGAGCGGCUGGGCGCCUCGCACUGUGUGGGCUCUGACCUUGAGCUGUGGCUUAGCGCUGUGAAGGAUGUUUAAAGUCACUGGAUCCUCCCUUAUUUAUCCAUCUGAACACUUUCUCCUGCUGCCGCACUUUGAUCCUCAGCCUGUGUUCACGAUCGAACGUGGGGCCUCAUUUAUCAAGACGCACAUGGAAAUAUGAUCGUCUGCAGAUACAGAAAAGGUGAAAAUUAUGUAUGCCAUUCAUUUUGAAACUCAGGAGGGAUCAAUACAAAUCACACAUAUUGAGAAAUAUGAAAUAUACAUUCUGGCAUUAUCGUUAUGUAAACUGUAAAUGUGACUUAAAUAAUUCAGUUCACAUUCAGUUUUUCCAUCUUAAUCAUAUUCAGACAUCAGCAUUCAAGCCUCUCAGUUCUCUGCUCAUCUUAUAGGAGCAGACUUUUUUAAAUAAAGAAAAUUAUUUUAUUUGAAUAUUUCUAGUAACAUUAUAUAUAGGUAGAUCCUCAUUUCUUUUUUUUUUUUUUCAUCCACAUUGACACACUGCCAGUUUUAAGACUGCCAUUUUUGGCAUUAUAUUCUGUUGCACCACACAUUCUCUGUCUUGCAGCAGUGUAAGCUAGUUCAAGGGGCAGCUCAUGUUUUAAGGGUAUUUGAUGCUACUUACGGUUGCAGAUAUAUCUGACAUUUAAAGGUCUAGACCCGAAAUAUGAGACAGCCAAGCUGGCCACAUUUCUUCAAACAUUUUGUACCAUUAAUUUACUGACAAGGAAGUUGAUGGAGUUGUCGUGUUGCUAUUUUGGGUAUACAUUGUCUUUCAUUGCCCUGUUAAGUGCCAUGGAGUAACUUCCUAAACCAGUUAUUCAAAAAAAAAAAAAGAUUUCUCUCAAACACAGUUUGU